UUGAGAAGAAUAAUGUUCAGGUGAAGAUGUUGCUAGCACCAGUUUUCUUCCUCUUGAUACCCCAUGUUCUUUCCUUAAACUUCAGCUUCACCAAUUUCCAGGACGAAGACAGAAUAUCAUUUGAAAAAUCUGCUCGCCUCGUAGGAACAUCCAUCGACUUGGUAACCCGGAACAAUGACACUGCUGGUCGAGCCACUUAUGGCCAACCGAUGCACUUGUGGGAUAAAGCAUCCGGGAAACUCACAGAUUUCUCCACCAAUUUUACCUUUGUGAUUGAUUCAGGGGGUGAAAAACAGUUUGGAGAUGGGAUGGCCUUCUUCCUAGCCCCCAUUGAUUCAAAGCUUCCUAAUAUGCCAAAAGUGGGAGGAGGUGCUAUGGGUCUGAUUAUUGGUGGUCCGGAAACGAUGCUUAAUUCAAUAGAUCAUCCCUUUGUUGCUGUGGAGUUUGAUAUCUUUCCCAACAUCGAAUAUUAUGAUGGCUGGGAUCCUUCGUUCGUUCAUGUGGGGGUCGAUGUCGAUUCGAUUAGAUCUAUGAGUACAGUGGCAUGGGAUGCUAACAUCACAGGAGGGAGAACUAAUGAGGCUUUCAUCAGCUACAAUUCAAGUACACAUAAUUUAAGCAUCUCGUUCACUGGUUUUCAUAACAACAACAUUAGGUGGCAACAUCUUCACCAAAUAGUUGACCUACGACUGUACCUGCCUGAAUGGGUUGCUUUUGGUUUCUCAGCUGCCACAGGACAAUUAUUUGCAACACAUAGGAUCAAUACAUGGAGUUUCUACUCAGAGGAGCUCCCAAAUGUUGCUCCCACUCCCAGUCCCAGUCCCAAUCCUAGUCCAAGGCCAAGUCUGAACUCUAACCCAAGCCCAAGCAUGAGCCAAAAAGGUAGAAAUGCCACCGCACUUGCAAUAGGAUUAGGCGUUGGAGGGUUGGUUUUUGUUUGUGGGGUGGUAUUGUUUGUCUUGUGGAAGAACAAAAAGAAAAGGGAUGAUGAGGGGUCUAAUGAAGACAUGAGUGAUGGUUUUGAAGGAGGAACUGGGCCCAAAAAGUACUCAUAUGCUGAACUAGCAAGAGCUGCAAAUUAUUUCAAAGAUGAUCAGAAGCUUGGAGAGGGAGGAUUUGGCGGUGUCUAUAGAGGUUUUCUCAAAGAUUCAAACUCCUAUGUCGCCAUAAAGAGAAUAUCAGAGGGUUCUAACCAAGGAAAGAAGGAGUUUGCUUCAGAAGUACGAAUUGUUAGUCAACUAAGGCACCGAAACUUGGUGCAGUUAAUCGGUUGGUGUCAUGAAAGGAAAGAACUAUUGCUGGUUUAUGAGUAUAUGCCAAAUGGAAAUUUAGAUUCUCAUCUCUUUAAGAACAAAAGGUUGCUAACAUGGUCAAUUAGAUUUAAAAUAGCUCAAGGCUUGGCCUCUGCAUUAUUGUACCUGCAUGAAGAAUGGGAACAAUGUGUGGUUCAUCGAGACAUAAAAUCAAGCAACGUCAUGCUGGACUCCAACUUCAAUGCAAAGCUUGGAGAUUUCGGGUUAGCAAGACUUGUAGACCAUACAAAAGGAGCACAAACUACAGCUUUGGCAGGAACUAUGGGCUAUAUGGCUCCUGAAUCUGUCACAACUGGGAGGGCGAGUAAAGAAACUGAUGUAUACAGUUUUGGAAUCGUUGCUUUGGAGAUAGCUUGUGGAAGAAAACCAAUCAAACCUGAGGCUCCAGAAAAUGAAAUAAACAUAGUCAAAUGGGUAUGGGAUCUCUAUGGAGGGGGGAGAAUUCUCGAAGCAGUUGAUUCAAGACUAGAAGGAGAUUUCGACCAGGAUCAAAUCAAAUGCUUAAUGAUUGUUGGGCUGUUCUGUGCUCAACCUGAUCAUGCUCGGAGGCCUUCAAUACGGCAAGCUAUUAAUGUGCUUAACUUUGAAACUCCAUUUCCUAAUCUUCCUUCAACUUAUCCCAUACUAACGUAUAAUGAAUUUCCAGCAUCAUUUUCCAUUCUGUCCAGCUCCAAUGCUUCAGAGGUAAGUCAAAACCAGAAUAUAAGCUGUAGUUCCAACACAAUCUCUUCUGGUUUCACUACAACUCCUGGUGAUAAUGUUUCACCAAGUAUGUCACUUUCGCACUCACGCAAAAACUAA